AUGACAGUGCUGGCGUCAGCCUGGAACCCCACGACCUACCUGCUGCUGCUGCUGCUCUUGUUAAGUCCAGGCCUCCGCGGGACCCCUGACUGCACCUUCCCCCAAAGCCCCAUCACCUCCAACUUUGGUGAAACCUUCAACCAGCUGUUGGAGUACCUGCUUGAAGACUAUCCAGUCACUGUUGCCUCCAACCUACAGGAGGACGAGCUCUGCGGGGCGCUCUGGCGGCUGGUCCUGGCUCAGCGCUGGAUGAUCCGCCUCAAGAAGGUGGCUGGGUCCAAGAUGGGCAAACUGCUAGAUAAGGCGGAUACUGAGAUAGAAUUCGUCACCUUAUGUGCCUUCCAGGAUCCCCCACCCAGCUGUCUUCGCUUCAUCCAGACCAACAUCUCCCACCUCCUGUUGGACACCUCCGCACAACUGUCUUCUCUUAAGUCCAAGAUCAAGAGCCGGAAUUUCUCCCAGUGCCUGGAGCUGCGAUGUCAGCCGGAGCCCUCCACCCUGCUGCCCCCAGAGAGUCCCCAGGCCCUGGGGGCCACAGCCUUGCCGGCUCCUCAGCGCCCUCUGCUGUUCCUCUUGCUGCUGCCCCUGACUGUCCUGCUCUUGCUGGCCACUGCCUGGCGCCUGCAUCAGCACAGAAUGCAGACAACGCCUUGCCCUAGGGAGCAGAGCAGAACACUGAAGCCCAGAGAGGGGUGUCAUCUGUCAGAAGACACACAGCCAGGACGCAGGGGUUGUCAGCGAGAAGCUGGUCUCUUCCUUGGCCGCCCCCGACGCUCUAGAUCUUUCCCCAGGAUGGAGGCAGCUCAGAACCCAGCCUCAGCCCCAAGCCCACCAGGAAGCUCUCUGUACAAAGCCCUCAAUUCGCCUAAGAAAUUAAUGGCGGCUCCCCUCACAACCACAGCAGGUAACACACGUGGAAGAGUGGGGAAAACUAGAAGAAGCCCCUCAAAAAGAUGGCGGCGCCAGCCGAGCCGCCUUCUCAUUCCACGGGACCAAUCGCCCCGCACAACCAUGGCCGCCGAGGCGCGCUCGGAACGCUAG